GUUUGCUAUAUAAGGCAUGAUAUUUCUACUUUGAGAGGGUUACCUAUAUAGACGUAGAAAUAUGGAAGCAGAGCAAUACAUGAACUUUAAUUCCAGACGGUCGCCAGUUCUCGCUACCCGUGGAUGUGUUGCGUCUAGUCAACCAAUGGCUUCCAAAUCAGGAGUUGACAUUUUGGAAGCUGGAGGGAACGCCGCGGAUGCUGCCGUUGCCAUGGCAGCGGUCCUCAACGUUACCGACCCAGCCUCCACGGGAAUAGGAGGGGACUGCUUCGCCCUCUUCUAUGAUGCUAGCUCAAAUACUGUUAAAGGAAUUAAUGGCAGUGGGAGAAGUGCGAUAGAUGUAUCUCUUGAGACUUAUACUAAUCUUGGUUUCAGUGAUACUAACCGUCCUCCUCGAUACCAUGGUCUUCAUGUCACUGUUCCGGGGGCAGCCGCUGGAUGGGUAGAUACUAUCCAGACAUUCGGCUCAAAGAAGCUCACUUUACAACAAAUACUGCAACCUGCCAUUUCACUUGCCGAAGGAGGGUUUGCAGUGCACCCUAUCUCUGCCAAUCACUGGAAAGAGGGAGUCGAUUCACUGCAGAGAGAGAGCAACCCCCAUGGCCACACUAUGCUCCGGGGGAAACGACCUCCAAGGACAGGAGAUAUAAUGCGAAUGCCACUAUUGGCUAAAACAUUCAAGACCCUUGCUGCCCGUGGUAAGAGAGGUUUCUACGAAGGUCCUGUAGCAGAGGCCAUAGUUGAUAUCAUCCAGUCUAAUGGCGGCAGACUCUCAUUGGCCGACCUUAAAGGUCACAGGUCAACCUUUGAAGAUCCAAUCAAUACGAGUUAUCAUGGAGUACGUGUCUGGGAGCUUCCACCGAACGGCCAGGGAAUAACCACCCUUAUGGCUCUCAAUAUUCUUGAGGAUUUUUAUCUGAAAGAAAUGGGGCACGGCAGUCCAGAGUACCUUCAUCACAUAAUCGAAGCAUUAAAACUUAGUUUUGCUGACAGCUUAGAGUUUUGUGCAGAUCCUUAUAAGGAGAGAGUGCCAACUAAAGAGUUAAUCUCAAAGACAUAUGCUUCCAGCCGGCGAAAUCUCCUGGACCCAAAGAGGGCCAGUAGUCUGGUAACUCAAGGAAAUCCUUAUCUUAUCAGUGGGGAUACAGUUUACUUGUCCGUGGUAGACAAUGACGGCAAUGCUUGCUCGUUCAUCAAUAGUAAUUUCUUACGCUUCGGAACAGGCCUUAUUCCCAAAGAUUGUGGCUUUGCACUUCAGUGUCGAGGGAUGAAUUUCCGCUUAAUGGAGGGACAUUUGAACUGUAUAGCAGGAGGUAAACGCCCCUAUCAUACAACCAUUCCUUCUAUGAUUACCAGUGCAGAGGAUAAUAAUCAACUUUUAGCAACUUUUGGUGUCAUGGGAGGAUUCAUGCAACCACAGGGUCAAGUACAGGUACUUCUUAACAUGGUAGAAUUCGGCAUGAACCCUCAGUUGGCGUUAGACAGCCCUCGUCUUUGCCUCAGAAUCGAUCAGCAAGCCAAGAUGGGUCAAGAUUUUGUUCAUCUGGAAGAAUCGUUCCCAUCCUCGACCUUUGAUGCGUUACGGUCAAAAGGUCAUAAGGUCAAAUCCAUGUCGGGAUUCGAGAGGGAGAUGUUUGGGCGUGGUCAAGUCAUAACAAAGGGAGAUUGGUGGAGUGCCGAGAUGCAUUGUGGGGAAGGUGAAAGGUCACAGGUUUUGUGGGCGGGGUCUGACCCGAGAGGAGAUGGCAUGGCAGUAGGAAUGUAGAUAAAAAAUUGUCUGUUCACCUCAGGAAAGUUUAAACAGUUCAUAAUGCAGAGAUAUGCAGAGUUAUAUAAUGGUGGAAUUAAGCUCCAUAUAUAUGCUCGAUCGAUGCAUGAUGCACACACUCUUGUUCACACCCUUGACUCUAUCCUCAAGAAAAAGCCUCUCGACAAGACGUUUAAAUCCAUGUUAGUGUGAGAAUAUUUGAAGCAAAAUUUUCUGUAUCAAUGUUUCAUCAUCAUCUCCAUAGCUUUCUUCCCCAUUGUCACCAUCGACUUCCUCAUUAUCAUCUCCAUCUUCAUUAUAAUGAACUGAUGUUUUCGUAUAUUAAAAUAUACAUUCUAAAAAAGGUUUACACAUUAUUGGGUAAAUGUGGUACAUGCAUGUUGUUGGGUAAAAAGAUACCCAAUAUUUGG